AUGACGAGAAAGAGACAGGGAACCUUGGGCGAGCGAGGAGCUUGCGGGAAGGAAGGAGGUGCUCGAGAGCUGGGCCAUGGCCGGACCGCGGCGAAAGGCGCGGCGGGGCCGCCCUCCUCAACCCGGCCCAGUGGCAUCGAUGGACAAAACCGAGACGUAUUCACCAGUUCUCACUUAGGAGAUCGUGGUGGACUCCCGCUCCUGCCCAGUCUCGCUCAGGUGGUGUUUCAUAAGAUGUCACCCAAUGAGACUCUCUUUUUGGAAAGUACCAACAAGAUUUAUAAAGACGACAUUUCCAAUAGCUCCUUUGUGAAUUUCCAGAUUUGGGAUUUUCCUGGGCAAAUGGACUUUUUUGACCCAACCUUUGACUACGAGAUGAUCUUCAGGGGAACAGGAGCAUUGAUAUAUGUUAUUGAUGCACAGGAUGACUACAUGGAGGCUUUAACAAGACUUCACAUUACUGUUUCUAAAGCCUACAAAGUUAACCCAGACAUGAAUUUUGAGGUUUUUAUUCACAAAGUUGAUGGUUUGUCUGAUGAUCACAAAAUAGAAACACAGAGGGACAUUCAUCAAAGGGCCAAUGAUGACCUUGCAGAUGCUGGGCUAGAAAAACUCCAUCUUAGCUUUUAUUUGACUAGUAUCUAUGACCACUCAAUAUUUGAAGCCUUUAGUAAGGUCGUGCAGAAACUCAUUCCACAGUUGCCAACCUUGGAAAACCUAUUAAAUAUCUUUAUAUCAAAUUCAGGUAUUGAAAAAGCUUUUCUCUUUGAUGUUGUCAGCAAAAUCUACAUUGCCACGGACAGCUCCCCUGUGGAUAUGCAGUCUUAUGAACUUUGCUGUGACAUGAUUGAUGUUGUAAUUGAUGUGUCUUGUAUAUAUGGGUUAAAGGAAGAUGGAAGUGGAAGUGCUUAUGAUAAAGAAUCUAUGGCAAUCAUCAAGCUGAAUAAUACAACUGUCCUUUAUUUGAAGGAGGUGACUAAAUUUUUGGCAUUGGUCUGCAUUCUUAGGGAAGAGAGCUUUGAACGGAAAGGUUUGAUAGACUACAACUUCCACUGUUUCCGAAAAGCUAUUCAUGAGGUUUUUGAGGUGGGUGUGACUUCUCACCGGAGCUGUGGUCAUCAGUCCAGCGCCCCCAGCCUCAAAGCAUUGGCACACAAUGGCACACCACGAAAUGCCAUCUAGUCAGACUCCAGUGUGGGGCUUGUUGCCAGCUUACUCUUCACUCCAGGGUCAGAUGCCACGUGCCACAGGACAGGAGAGCUGCUGCUGGUGGGAACCUGUGCCUGUCCCACUAGAGGCAAGGGGGUAUCAUUUUGAUUUGGAUGAAAACCCCUUUAGCUGGUGGUGUACAACUGAAGCUGUUGUUUCUUUUUUUAAAAAAUGACAAAGAAGAAUUCUAGAGGCUACCGAACUCAAGUUGUCUUUUUCUUCUUUUGGGUCCUACUUUAAGUAGUUGGAAUAUUUUGGAUGUGGAGAUACAGCAGUUACCCAUCAGGUACUGUUGCCAUCAGUUCCUGCUGAAAGUAAUGGACAAAACCAAAUUUUUAUAUGCUUCCCUUAGGCUUUCAUUUGAAUAGUGUGCUUUGCUUAAAUUCUAACACUGCCUCUCAGAUCUCAGUUUUGGACAUUGUACAUCUAAGAUCUUUUAAAUGCAUUCACUUGCUAACUCGGAAGACUCAUCAUCUGACUGCAGCAAAAGACAUUUCUAUAUUUGUUACUGAGGAAAUGAAGUAAAAUUCUACACUGCAUCGGGUAGAGAGCAAGGUUCAACAGUGGCUGCCUCAGUUCCUUUGGAAAUGUGGAAAGAAACUGAAACAGAAGAAAAUUUUUGUACCUGUGUUUUGGGUACCAGGGAUGUUAGGAGUCUUUCUCCUGCAUUUGAUAAAUGAUCAUGCUUCGUGUAACAAAGGGAAUUAAAACAACAACUUUCCACAGCCCCUUGUAGGGGAGAAACUCAUUAUGUUGCUGAAAUAUUUAGCCUACUUUUCUUUAAUCUUGAUGUCAGCCUCUAUGUAGCUUUUAUUCUGAACUGUCUCAUUCUUUCGGCAUUGCUGUUUGUUGACCCUAAGGCACUGGUGGGCUCCACUGGAGGUUAGAACAUGCAGUGCCACAACGUGUGUUUGUUGUCUUACAUACUUGUCUCCAGUAUUCUGACACCGAGUGUCAACUGUGGUACUUUUUUCACCGAGGAUAUUGAUUUGUAAUUGUUUCUUUUUAUUGGUGGUUGAUACCCUUCCCGUUGAUUUCAACUUACACAUUAGUUUUACUUUGCGUGCCCGGUAGUCAUAUAUUCCAAAGCCACUGGACCACUUGAGUACAUAAGUGCCACUGUUUAACGAAAUCUCUAUAUUCAGGUCUGUAAACCGAACAGUGUGACUUGGAGUGCUUCCUGCAGACGACUCUGACUGUUGAGUAUUUACAUGGACCAUGGUGAUAUCCAAAAGAAAAAAUGCUUUUAUAUUUAUAGAUUUCAUUGAACUAUAUAUAAGAUGGGUAUCAAUAAAUGUAUUUACUCCAAAAUCAGUUUGCUGGCUUGCCUAAGGUAUGAAAGGGUGGGGCGAUGGAACAUUGGAGCGUCCCACUCUUAUCUUUCCAUCCAUUUUUUUUGUUGUUGUUGUUGCCUUGUAUAGCAUUCCUUUUGUCUUAGGGCUUGCCUUGCAGGUAUCUCCCUCUGCGGGUUUCUCCCUGGCUCAUUUCUGUUCUAGGGUGGGAGCGGUAGGCCAGGUGCACAUGUUUUGGUUGUGUUUCUUUUCACUAGACCUCACUCAGUGGCAGGGAGUAUCCAGGGUCUGGCAUGACAGAUGCCUUGUAUCCAAGCUAAGGAGCCAGGAGAUGAAUGAAAUAGAAUAUUAUCAGAAAGAUGGUACCUGCUCUAGCUUGGUUUUUGUUUCUUCCUGUUCCUGAGAAACUCAUCAUUGACCCCAAACUGUGUGUUAAAUUAGUGUUUUAUCUGGAUAAUUUACAUAGUUGGGUCUGAGCUGAUUGGAGAAAAGUAUACAUUAUCAAUGAGAGGGAGGUAGAGGUGGAAAAAUCAUAAUUAGACCACUUUAGAAGGUAAGUUUGAAAGCUCUGAAAAGCAAAGAGUUUGAAAAAACAUUACACUAUUUAAUCCUAUAUCCUUUUUUAGUCCUGAAAGGGGUAAAGGACCCUAUUGAGGGUUAUAGAUGGGUUCAAAAAGUCUCCUGUGAUCCUUGGCAUAGCUUUUGGGUGGUGAUUAGAUCAUGGGGCGCAUACUCUAGGCGGAGUAGUCCACUGAUAAAUUUACAACUGAAUGUGCUGUCCGAGGUAGGGUGCAUCUCCUUCCCGGCUGCUCCUUUCUCUCGUGUUUCCUGGCCUUCGCGAAGUGAGCAGCUUUUUCUCCACCGUAUCCUUCUGCCAUGCCAUCCUGUCUUGCAGCAGCCAAUUAUGGACUAAAAUGUGAGUCCAAAAAACCUUUCAGGUUACGGGCGUCAGGUAAUUUGUCCCAGCAACAAGGAAAAUUAAUGAAGACAAUGGCUAUAAAACUGCAAGCUAGGAUGCCUCGGAGUGGAAAGGGUGCUGUUUGUAAUUAUGCCUGAGCAACAGGAGUAAGCUGGCCCUGUCCCAGGUGAACCACAGGUGUCUGGACUAGUCACAGGUGGAGUUGGAGGUAAGUGGGGCUGCACCCCAGCUCCGGCAGCCCUGCACAGCCUGCCCCUCCUGCCUCAGACCUCUUCAGAGGUUGAGGUGGAAAGCUCACUUGAGCCCAGAAAUUCAAGGCCAGCCUGGGCAACUGUGUGUGUGUGU